AUGGUUUCAAUCAUUGCCCGCCUUUUCCGGUUCUACCUAGUAUGGAUCCGUCGCGCCCAGACGCAAUUCUUAACCGCAGGCAACAUGCGAGAGCACAUCCAAGCCCAGUAUAUCCGCCCACAGAGCUUCUCACCUCCCAAGAACCUCGGCCCCGACAUCAGCAUUGAGCGUGUUGAUGUACACAACUGGCCUCUGUAUCGCAUUUCAUCGUCGCCAUUCUCACCGAAAGUGGGAGAUCAGUCAAACCGCCCUGCGAUGUUGUACUGCCACGGCGGCGCCUGGGUCAAUGAAAUCGUGACUCAGCAUUAUAACCUUGUGGCGCAGAUCGCUAGGGACACCGGGCUUGACGUGCUCGUCCCAAUUUACCCUCUUAUCCCUCGACCCGCGGCCACUGCCGUGCAAGUCAUCGCGGGGCUGCACGAGGUCAUGAACCGAGUCAAGCAGCCCAUCGUGAGCAUCGGUGGUGACUCGGCGGGAGGCAAUCUGGCAAUGUUGCUCGCGCAGCAUCUCGUGCGCGAGAAAUCGGAUCUCAUGUCAAGAGUCAGGUCCCUAGUUCUGAUCUCGCCUGUGCUGGAUUGUACCAUGAGUCACCCUGAGACCAACAGAUUGGGACUCAACGACCCAUGGCUCAGCCAUGGCGGUUUGGACGUGGUCGCCGAUGUGUGGAGUGGAGGUUUGGAACGUUCGGACCCCAGGGUCAGUCCGAUCUUUGGCGAUAUCGCAGACUUACCUCCACUCUUACUGCUGUCGGGAACACACGACUUGCUCUGCGCCGAUGCAAGGCGUCUCAGUGCUCGGUUCCGCAAUGAUAGUACAUCUACUCAUACGGAUGACUGGGUAGCCGGGAGUGUUGAGCUGGACGAAUUCAAGUAUGUGGAGGUAGAGGAGAUGAUUCACGUAUGGCCGCUUAUGCCGUCACCGGAGGGCGCAGAAGCGCGAAAGACAAUAGUAGAAUUUAUAAGGAAGUAUUUGUAA